ACUAAUACACUUGGGUGACUCCGAAGGCAUGAGCAAAACUAUUGCAUGGAACAUACUUAUAUUUCAAAACCAUUUGUUGGUUAUAUGACAUUAAGAUGUGACUGGGCAUUUGUAUUUUUUUACUUGCUAAAUCUGCCAAUCUGAUCUUGAGGCCAUCCACAGCUUUACUAGGUUCAUAGAUUAUAGAACAAGAAUUUAUAUAGACUGAAAAAGAUUAAGAGUGUUUAUUUUUUUUGUGGAAUUAUUUAAUCACUUAACCCCGCAGUAGCAGGUGAAGGGUAAACUGAAAGAACUCUUUCCACUUCUUUUAGCUCUAAAUAUCCACCAGGACAUUAUUAUUAUUGCUGUGUUCAGGACUCACAUCGUUAUACAGUGACUAUGAGUUUGAUAGUGUCACCAACCAUUAUGGCCAAUAAUUUCCAUGUUAAAUUCCUAGAACAGAAAGAUGUUGCAUCAAAUUCUUGAAAUCGCAGACUUAGGAAAUUAAGUUACAUAAACAGCAGAUGUUCAGGCUGAGGAAGGAAAGAAGUUGAUACAAGUACUCCCAAUUAUUCAACAAUCCCUUGAAGCCACCACUGUAACUAAGGGAAUUGAAACACCAUUAAGUCCUAUCACGGACACCACUUAGCCUUUUUUCUCUUACUAUUAUUUGUAAUUCCAUAAUCAAGCUAGUUUUCCUACUAAGUUCUAGGGCAGGAGUUUUCUUUUUUCGGAAAUUUUAUUUGGAUAAAGAAACAUGGUCAAAAAGUUAAAACGGUGCAUGCAAACGGUUAUACAAAGAAAAACAAGUCUCUUCUAUCGUUACCCCUAGUUCCUGGACCGCGGGUUCUUAACUUGGGUUAGGAACUGCAGUCUAAGGAUUUUUAGAGUAAUGUGAAUUUUCUCAAUGCAUAAUUUUCAAUGUGCAGAUAAUUUUGCUCGUUUGUGGGGAGAGGAUCCAAACUUUUACCUGAGCCUUAAAAGGGUCCGUGAUGCAGAGAACCUGCUGAAGUAACCGAUGCGCCCGAGUGACUCGGAAUGGGGGGGUGCAGAUAUCCUGUAAUAAUUUGGCCCCGUGUGAAAAGUCUACCCCUAUCCACUCCACUCCACUCCGGGGCCGCUUGGAAAGCACGCUCUCCGUGGGAGCAAUCCAGCUCUUCCUAAGUUUUCCGCCUGCCGCAUUCCUCCCCUCCGGCGCGUCGGCGUGCUUUUACGUCAUGACGCCGCACACGCAGCCCCGCCCCUGCAGAGAUCGGCGCUGGGACGGAACCCGGGUUCCUCUCAAACCCGGAAUGUGAGGCUUUGGCCUGGCUGGCCCCUGUUUUGUGUCCCACUUUUUACUCGGGCCUGCGUCCGCUGCCGCCGUCCCUCAGUUUGCCCUCGGAGAAGGCAGGGCGGCCGUGCCUCCUGCCGUGCGCCCGCGUGGCUGCCACCGCCCCUCCGAAUCCUCCGGGGCCGCAGAGGGGUUCGCUACGGAGGGAGGUGCGGGCCUUCGGGAGGAGGAGGCGGAGGAGGCGGAGGAGGAGGGAAGGAAGAUGGCGGCCGUGGAACUAGAGUGGAUCCCAGAGACUCUCUAUAACACCGCCAUCUCCGCUGUCGUGGACAACUACAUCCGCUCCCGCCGAGACAUCCGCUCCUUGCCCGAGAACAUCCAGUUUGAUGUUUACUACAAGGUAUGCGCCGUGGGCCUCCUCUCUGCUCUCCUCCAGCAACCCCGGGGGCCGCACCCCCUUCCACGUCUGCGAACCCCCGCAGUUAACCCCUCACCCCUCGCAGCAGGCUUGCCUCCCGAAACGUCUGGUGUGGUGUCCGCGUUGCCAAUGGAGAAGCACCUUAUCUGCCCAUGCCGUCUCUUAAGCUUUGGGGCAUUGAAAUCUUCCUGAGGAGUCUUGUCCCCUUUUGGUGUUCCCUUCUACACAGUGGGCCUCUUGGGUAGGCCUUUUGCGUGAACUUCCUCUGUCGCGCCCCUGUCCCAUCUAGUCCUUUCCUUCUAGCCGGUAUCUUCAAGAUAUUUUCCACCCUCUCCAUCCAGUUAAGUGUCAGCAUCAGCUGGACUUUUUUCCGUGCUCCUCCCCCGACCCCUUCCUACUUUCUCAUCUCGCCGCCUUCCUUACCCGAGUGUUUUGGUGUUUUUGCUUCGUGUUCCUUCGUUUCUCCUUUCCCAAUUGGGAAGGAGUUAGGGAUUAUUGGAAAUGAUCUGUGUGUUUUAUUUGCAUGUUCUUUAAAGCUUUGUUUUUUUGUGGGAGAGGAGGGGGUCUGUACUUGAAGUGGAAUUAGGGAUUUUGUGAAAAUGGGAGUGCUGAUCAACUGUUUGAAGAGGACAGGGAGAGAUCUUUACUGAAAGAAAAAAAUACUUUAGAUUGUGUUCCUGUGUUUGAAAGUUGCAAUCUUGCAGCGUUCUUAAAUCGCUCCCCCUCAAAAAUCUGAACAGAAAGUCUCCCAAGCCACUCUCCAAGGAGUUUCAAGGGUAAGUGUCCUUAGUUGUGGACUAUUUUUGCUGUGUUUUGAGAGUGUGGAGAACUUUAUGGACUCAGAGCCUGCCUUUUUCUUUCCCCCACAUUUGAAUGUGAACACUGGAUUUAUUAUUCAGCCCUCCUUGUCUUGAAUCUGCGUCGAUAACUCCUAAGUAGAAUGUAAUUUAUUUUUUUGACCUUAAAUACUUCCUCUUGAUCUGUAAGUUGGCUGGAACAGUGUAAACUGACAUUUUAACAAAUGUGUGUGUUCUUAUGUAUGUACGGUGUUUUAUGGCAAUUGUUUUAUGGGGAAGAUUGCCUGCUUUCUCCACCCCUAGAAAGUUUUUUUUUUUUUUCCCAGAAUUAGCAGUUGAUGGACUGCAUUCUACUAAAUCCAGCUGCUUUGCACCAGUUCUAACAAUUAAAGUGGGGUUUCCCCCCUAAAUAUUUGGAGAAGAUUCAUUUAGGUCAUGCAUAUUAUUAUUUUGGAUUUAGAGAAAAAGCUCCCUUUAUUCCUAAUCCCUUUGAUACGUUGAUUUACUUUUGUGUAUAUCUAAGGAAAUUUUGUUCAUUUUAGAUACAUUCCUCCCCAGGAAGGACAAAUUAGAUGUGUCUUUCUCAGCCUGGGAAACUGCAGCUUUGUGUGUGCUCUCUGUCCGUUUUAUUAAAUCAUAUGUAAUCUUGUACCGCGUAUGCAAUCUCUCAGAGGAAAUCAUUGGGAAUGUCAUCAAAGUAUAUUUGCUAGUUGAAUUGGCUCAGAAUACUUGAAUGUUUUUUAGUAACUUUCUCUUCUAAUUGAAGCUUUUCAUUUGAAGAUUAUUAGUAUGAACAGAUGGUGGUUUUGUCAGAAUUUCUGUUUCACAUAGUUCACAGUUUUAAUAUUGCUCCUUUUUGGUACACUUUUACUUCUUAUUGGGAGUAUGGCAUUGUGCUAAGAUGAGGGAAGUGUUAAAUAUGUGCCUGUAACUGUGUUAAGUAGUUUUAUGUGUUAUCUUGUUUAAUCUUCAGAAUUAAACUGUGAAGUAGAGUACAGUAUAACCCUGCUUUAUUGGUGAGAAGGUUAAGUAAUUUAAUUAAAGUCUCAAACCUGAUAUUUAGUUUCUGAGUUCCUUGCUUUUUUACUUAGCUAUCUAUCUUAAGAUAAUGGAUUAUUUUAAUGAAAGAUAUUAUAACACUAAUUUUUUUAUUAGCCUCUGUAGAAGUAGAGUGAAAGUCAGUCCCAGGACUCUAUUCUAGUCUUCAGUGGAGAUAAAAGAAUAAAUUAUUCUUUUUAUUAAAAU